AUGACUGUCUCAGUUGUGCUAUAGAUGACUGUCUCAGUUGUGCUAUUAAGAAAUUGUUCACAAAGAGAGAGAGGUAGCACCACCCUUAACUUGGCUCUUUGACUGCUGGAUUUAAUGGCAGAGUUGAAGAGCUGUAAUGAAUGGAAACCUUUUAUUGCAAUGAUAGCAACUGAUUUUUCUUUUACGGUGGUGAAUAUUCUUCUUAAGAAAGUCCUUGACGAAGGGAUGAACCAUUUGGUCCUCAUAACAUUCCGGCUGUCAAUUUCCACAAUUUUCUUGGCCCCUAUUGGCUACUUUGGGAAAGGUAGGAGCUUCCCAGUCUCCAUUCCUAUUACUUUUUCUUUUACAAUUUUGACAAAAUUCUCUACCUUUGAUAGUGAGCUAAAUUCUGAUUUCUUGAGUGUGUUUAGCUUUAGCGCACCCCUCUCGUUAGAACAGCAGACCAAAGCUCACACCACGCAUUUUAUGUUACCUCUUCUGCAGUGCAAUCGUUGGUGUAGGACCUCACUAACGCAGUAUUUCUUUCUCCUUGGAAUUCAAUACACAUCUGCUACAUUUUCGUGCGCCUUUGUCAACAUGGUGCCAGUGCUGACGUUUAUAAUGGCAUUACCAUUUCGGAUAGAAACUGUGAACCUCAAAAGCCACAGUGGGAGAGCCAAAAUACUUGGUUCAGUGAUUUGUGUUGGAGGUGCCCUGCUAUUAACACUUUAUAAAGGAAUUCCUUUAUUCAAACACCCACUCUCGCAGGCCAUGGCUCCAACUAUGGCAAAUGCGAUCAAGCUGAGCUCCUCUAGAAGAGCAGAGAGGUGGACCAUUGGUUGCCUAGCUUUGAUAGUAGGAACCGUAUUGUGGUCUUCAUGGUUUAUCAUUCAAUCAAAUGUAGGCGAAAGAUAUCCCUGCCAAUAUUCCAGCACUGCAAUCAUGUCUUUCUUUGGAGCAAUCCAAUCAGCUAUCUUUAGCUUGUCUACAAGCAGGGACCCUUCGGUUUGGGUUCUGAAGGGAAAAGUGGAAAUUAUAACUGUCCUCUAUGCUGGAAUGAUAGGAUCAGGCUUGUGCUAUGUGGGCAUGGCGUGGUGCGUCAAGAAGAGGGGUCCUGUCUUCACGGCAGCCUUCAGUCCUCUUGUUCAGAUAAUGGCAGCUAUGUUUGAUAUCCCCAUCCUCCACGAACAACUCAAUCUUGGGAGUUUGUUGGGUUCAAUAGUUGUCAUCAUUGGGCUGUAUAUUCUUCUUUGGGGCAAGAACAAAGAGAUGCGGAAUUGUGCUUCAAAAAUUGCUCAAGAAGCCAAAGAGAUCAGAGAACAAGAGGCUGAUCAGUUACAAGUUACCUCGGUUUCUUGUGAUUCAAGUUUUCGGGAGGCCAAGUAGGCAUUUUGCGGCCUAACUUCAACUUCAUUCAUGUAGUAUUCAGAUAACCUAUUAAUAAAAUUAGUACCAACAAAUAUAUUUGAACUUCUCUUGUUCAAUUGUUCCACAACAUAGAAAAUCAAGGAAAAGUUUGCUUUACCAUUUUAUUGAUGGAUGCACCGUUGGUCCCAGGAUUCAGAGUCAAGAUAUAUAUGCAACAGUUUGUCGAGUAAAAUUGAGAAGAAAAUUCAGCAUGGUAUCACCCUGACUCUAUCACUCUUUGUGUAUAUAUGGAGAGAGUAAGGAAAAAA